AGCUAGAGGAGGAACUUGAGAGAAACCAGUAGAAGUUCACGGAGAACGAGAUAGGGAAGGAGAUAGAGCAGCGUGGAAUUUAGAGAUUAUGGAAACUAAGAAGAACAAACAGACGACUAUUACAAAGUAGAAAAGACUAAACUGACGAUUCUUUUCUUUUUGUUUUUUCACCCAUUUCUGAUUUCUGUCUUUUCCAUCCUGCAAAACUUCAGCAACAGACACCACCAUCAUGGCCUUCAUCACACCAGAACAAAAUUUCUCUUCACUAGUCUACGAAGCAAUGGCCGUCACCUCGCCGAACGGCACGAAACCCAGUAUCCUGAGCAGCCUUGUGGCAACCAGAACAGGAGCUCUGAUCCUAUUGAUCUCCUUCCUCCUCGGCAUUCCCGGCAACGGCUUCGUCGUCUGGAGCAUCUUGACACAGACGAAACGUCGCUCUGUGACCACCACGCUCAUCCUCAACCUAGCCUGCGCAGAUGGAAUGCUCAUGUUGCUCACGCCGUUCUUCGUCAUCUACCUCUUCCAGCGGUCCUGGGAAUUCGGAGAGAUCAUGUGCAAGGUCCUGUAUUACUUCUGCUGUGCCAACAUGUACGCCUCCAUCUUCCUGAUCACGCUGAUGAGCCUGCACAGGAUGGUGGCCGUGGUGUGUCCGCAGCAUCUCGCAACCUUCAGCACGCACAAGACUCUACUCCGGGCUCUUGUGGUCAUCUGGCUACUGGCUCUUGUGUUGGCUAUUCCUGUUCUGGUGUUUAGAAAAAUAGAGCCUGACUAUAAAAACAACAUUACUGUGUGUGACUGUUUCCACAACGAGAUCAAAUAUGCGGUGAUGCAGUACUCCACGGAGACCAUCUUGGGGUUCUUGCUGCCGUACAGCUUGAUCCUGGUCAGUUAUAGUCGGGUUCUCCUCAGGAUCCGCCGUACACGCUUCCAGAGACGCCUUCGCAGCGAGAAACUCAUUCUGAUCAUCAUCUUCACCUUCGCACUCUUCUGGCUGCCGUACCACAUGGUCAACAUGCUGCAGGUUUCUGAAGGCUUGAUUACGACUCAGAAAAAUGAAAUACUUAAAAUCAGGAUGAAGAUGAGACCCUUCGUCGCCGCAGUGGCCUUCGUCAGCAGCUGCAUCAACCCCAUCCUGUACAUGUUUUUCGGGAAGGCAUACAUGCGCCGGGCCGGUCUGGCCUUCAUGGCACGUCUAUUCGAGGCCACAGGACGUGACUCUGCGUCUCGUAAUUAUCGUAACCAGCAAAGCGAGGUUGGAGAGAACGAUGGGCUGCGCGAUAAGGAGUCAGAAUCCACGGCAAGCAUAAACAACAGCGUCAAAGCGGCACAAGUGCAAAACGGGAAACAGUGAGAACAGAAAAAGUUCAGGAUUGGGGAGAAAAAAAAAUUGUCCACGCACAUGAAAGCCUCAUUGUGAGCUCCUGCUUCAUCGAUUGGGAGAUUUAUGUGUUCUUUUGCAGUUCAUAUCUUCGUCCAUUAGGUGGCGACAAAACGCUUUUUUUAUCCUCAAACGUGUUAUUUGGAGCAGCAAGACCUGAAGUCCUGAUAGUCUGCAGGAAUGUGUUUCAGUCCAAAUGGCUGAUUCCAAAGCUAAAAAAAACCCAAUCUGGAUUCACAAUGUUGGACUUUGAAGGUCAUGAGUUUAGCUACCAGUUUAGCCACACCAAGGGCCCCUAAACAAAUCCAUAGCUGCUCAGUUGUAUGAAUGAGAUCAAUGUAAGUAAUGAAUAUGUACAAUUCAAAUCUGGAAUCCAAAAAAACCCCUUGUUUUUAAAGUGAGACAGUUUGAGACAAAAUGAUGAAAGACAAAUGAUGAGACUUGUGUUGAGGGAAAAACUCAUUAGUGUGCAAGUUUGUCUUUCUUGUCUUAAAUACUCGAAUAUGCAAAAACACUGACUAUUUAAUGGGAAAACCUGGACAGAUGAAGAUUGAAAGGAUCAUCAACACUCAUUGAGAUGUUUUUUUGCUCAACGUGGUUGUAAAGAGUGAUGAUCUGAGUUACUGUUACAUGAUUAGCUGAUAAAAGCAGGAAUGUGAAGGCGUUCUUAUUAAAGUGGCCAGUGAAUGUAUAAAUAAAAUGUAUAUAUUCUA